AUGCUGCGGUUCCUACGCCGGACCUUUGGCCGCCGCUCGAUGCAGCUCUACGCGCGGGGAGCUGCAGGGCGCGGAGCCGCCGGGCUGGGGGACGAGCGCGACGGGGGGCCGCGGGGGGGGCCGGCCGCCGCCGCCGCCUCCUCGCCGCUGCCCGCCGCGCCCGGGGGCAGCGUGUUCCCGGCCGGCGGAGGGCCCCUGCUCACGGGCGGCGCGGCCGUGCACAUCUCCGCCGCCGGCGCCGCCAAGGCCACCCUCUACUGCCGCGUCUUUCUGCUGGACGGGACCGAAGUGAGCGUGGACCUGCCGAAACAUGCCAAAGGCCAGGAUUUGUUUGAUCAGAUCGUGUACCACUUGGACCUCGUGGAAACAGAUUACUUUGGCCUCCAGUUCCUUGACUCCGCCCAGGUCGCGCACUGGCUGGAUCAUUCCAAACCCAUAAAAAAGCAGAUGAAAAUUGGACCUGCUUAUGCUUUGCACUUUCGAGUUAAAUAUUAUUCUUCAGAACCGAACAACCUUCGUGAAGAGUUUACAAGGUACCUGUUUGUUUUACAACUCAGGCAUGACAUUCUUUCAGGAAAAUUGAAAUGCCCAUAUGAAACAGCUGUGGAAUUAGCUGCUCUGUGUCUACAAGCGGAGCUUGGGGAGUGUGAGCUUCCAGAACACACACCAGAGCUUGUGUCUGAGUUUCGGUUCAUUCCAAAUCAGACAGAAGCGAUGGAAUUUGAUAUCUUCCAGAGAUGGAAAGAGUGCAGGGGAAAGAGCCCUGCCCAGGCGGAACUCUCCUAUCUGAAUAAAGCGAAGUGGCUGGAAAUGUAUGGGGUAGACAUGCACGUUGUCAGGGGAAGAGAUGGCUGUGAAUAUUCUCUUGGACUGACCCCGACAGGCAUAUUAAUCUUUGAAGGAGCUAACAAAAUAGGCUUAUUCUUUUGGCCUAAAAUUACCAAAAUGGAUUUCAAAAAGAGCAAACUGACGCUGGUAGUGGUGGAGGACGAUGAUCAGGGCCGGGAACAGGAACACACGUUUGUCUUCCGCUUGGACAGUGCCAGGACCUGCAAGCACCUGUGGAAGUGCGCAGUCGAGCAUCACGCGUUCUUCCGGCUGCGGACGCCAGGAAAUAGCAAAUCGAAUAGAUCAGACUUUAUCAGGCUGGGGUCUCGCUUCAGAUUCAGUGGGCGGACGGAAUAUCAAGCUACACAUGGGGCCCGGUUACGAAGAACCAGCACCUUUGAGAGGAAGCCUAGCAAACGCUAUCCAUCCCGGAGACAUGCGACGUUCAAAGCAAGCAACCCGGUGAUAGCCGCUCAGCUCUGCUCUAAAACAAAUCCUGAAGUCCAUAAUUACCAGCCUCAGUAUCAUCCCAAUAUCCACCCCAGCCAGCCCCGGUGGCACCCUCACUCUCCAAACGUAAGCUACCCGCUCCCUUCCCCAGGGCUCAGCAGCUCAGACCGGCUGCCUUUCGGCAUCGAGGAGAACGGGGGCACGCCGUUCACUACCAAAGCUUCGGGAAGGCACCACCACCAUCACCACCACCAGCACCAGCACCACCCGAACUAUGGCCUCUCGCUGACCCUGGAGAACAAGGAGGGGCCUUUGAGGUCCCCAAACUCCAGCACUAAAUCCCUUACAAAACUGACUCCAGGAGCACCGGCCCUGUUCAGCGAGGCAGCCACCCACCUAAAGAAGCUGGAACUGGAAACUGUGAAGGCUGCCGGGCCCUGGCCUGCUCUGCAUAUCAACAUAAAUAAGGCUGAAGAAAAAAAAGUUUCUGAGAAGACUCUUCAGACCCCACUCUUGCCUUCCCCCGUGGCUGAUCAUGUGAAGUGUAACAUUUUGAAAGCCCAGCUGGAGAAUGCUUCCCGAGUGAGUGCCCAGGUUGCAAAAGAGGAAUCAACGUUUGUAAAUAUCAAUAAGAAAUCCAGUCUUCAGGACGCUAAUGUAAGAAGUCCUAUUCCUAUUCGUGUGGAAACGACCCAACCAACAGUGGAAAAGCCGGAAAUCAAGCCUCCCCGAGUGAGGAAGUUAACAAGACAAUACAGCUUUGAUGAAGACGACCUCCCUCCAGAACUGGCCGAGGCAGUGGGCGUGACCGUGACCACCACACCGGCCACCGCCGCCACCACGGCUGCCACCACGCAAGUCCCAGCACCACUGGCAUCCCCUAAGGUCCACAAACUCAGCUCGCCUCAGAAUUCAGAAGGCAAGAGCCAGCUGUCCCCAGGGGCCAAGAGUCCCUCUGACCACGGAGGUGCCUUUACCUUGGAGCCAGGCGAUCUCCUGAUGGAUUUCACAGAAGCCACUCCUCUGGCAGAGCCCGCCAGCGCCCCCCACUGUGCCCACUCUCGCUGCUCUCCUCCACUCUCUCUCCCCAUGAAGGAAGAGACCACUGGAGUUUGCAUGCACCCUCCAAUCAAAACGAGGCUGAUAAAAACAUUCCCGGUUGAUACAGUGACUCCGUUUCCUGAUCCUUUCAUUACAGGGCCACAGUUUACCGCAGACUUUAGAGACAGUAAGUCACAGUGCUGCCCUGGCCAGUCUUCGCCGCUGAUUCCCACAGUGACCCUGAGGCCUUUGACAGAGACCAUCUCCACCGUGCAGACCAUCUACAGCACCCGGAAGCCUGUCUCUCUGGCAGCCAGUGCAGAGACGCUCCGGCAGGAACUGGAGAGAGAGAAAAUGAUGAAAAGACUGUUGAUGACCGAACUGUGAAUUCUCCCCUUGUUGCCUGGAGGAUGGCAUGGUGCCUUCUGUCAUUUUCCUUCUUUGGGCUUUGUGGGCUCACUCUAGCACAACGUGCAAAUGUGUGCUCUGUUCGCCCAGGUCUCCAUGGUGGUGGAAGCCAACAUCUGGCUUGACUUUUAUUGGAAAAGUUAUUUUAUGUCUCCUGAGUAUUAGAGUUUUUCUACUACUCAAUGUCGUUGAGACAGGAUUGGUAAGGCUUGGCGAAGAGAAACGGAAUAAUGUGGAUUCAUGUUCAGGAGUACCUGUGUGUAUACAUUAAUAACCACAGGGGUGAAUAAGGCGCAGAAUCCUUUGCUAUCAAUCUCAACCAUGUGAUUUUUGUAUGAUUGAAACUCACACCAAGCUUUGACUGUUUGUUAAAGUCAUUUUUAAUGCGAGAAUAAUUCUUUUUGCUGGUUUUUCAUUUACACUAGUAAAUACACAUAUCUUUUAAAGUCUUUAACAUUCAUUUUUAUUCAGACACGAGUAGAUGAGCUGAAAAGGAAAGUUGUUAUCACCAGGACUUAAGGUACUUCAGCUUAAUCCGAAACAUAAUCUCACUUGUGACUUUGUUAUAUAUGACAUUAUUUGGGAUACAUGCAAUUCAUUAUUGAACCCAAAGUAGGAAAUUGGAGCUUAUAUUCUAAAAACCCUUGCAAGGUUAAGAUGAUUCCGUGUCAGGAUUCGUUUGGGUGUCCCACAAAGGAAAAUUAUUUCUAAAGUUGAUCAAUGUCUAUCCUGUUGAUAGAAACCUGAUCAGAAGAAACUCUGUUCUCUUUUUAUAAGUUUCAUGAAAUGUGUUUUUAAAUUUUUAUUAUGCACUUAAACAACUUUGCAGGAAUAAAGGAACCCCCCUAACCACACACUAACCCUCCAAAUUAUUUCCCAAGCUUUCUCAAUGAAUAUGCACACCAUUUUACAUAGGUACGUUUGGUGUGUACAUACUCUUUGGUUGUACUUUUCCACCUAACACAUAGCUUCUCUUUUCAACACAGAUCCUGCUCUUGCCCAUUUAAAUGUCUUUAUAUCCACGUAACAUGCUUAACCUCACUCCUCCCCAUUAUUAGAUAUUUGAGAUAUAUAUCCAAUUUUUCACUCUUAUAAAUAGUGCUGCUAUGAAUGUCUUUGUAAAAAAAAAAAAAAUCCUUCAUUUGGAUUCUUCCCUUGGGAAUGUCUCCAAAGAGGGGAUUACAAGGUCAAAGAGCAUGAAGUAUUGUAUAGCUCUUGCUUUAUAUUGCCAGAUUGCUUUCUAGAAAGAUCCCAUCUCUGGGUUGCCAGGACCUUAAAGGUCACCUAGUUCAACCUGCCCCCCCCCCAUCUCCUCUGAAUGCUUGAAUUCCUUCUACAAUUUAUGAUGCCACCAGCAAUGUAUAAGCAUUUCUAUUUACCAAGAGUUCUGCCAGUGUUGGGUUUUGCCACUUUUAUUUAUUUUUGCUAGUUUAAUAGGUGUGUAUUGUUGUUCUUGAAAUGUUGUUUUAUUUCAUUAAUUGCUAGCAAGGCUGAGCCCUUUUCCAUGUGAUGAUUUACUAGCUAUAUUUCCUCAUGUGUAAAAUGUCCAUUUCUUAAGACCACUUGUUAAGUGAAAUUGAUCUCAUAUAUUUGUAUCAGAACUGUAUUUUUAUGUUGUAUUGUAUAAUUUGCUCUCCUGUCCCUGUACUUCAAACUGAAUGGUGCCAAUAAUUUGAUACUAAUGAUUAUUUAAAAAGAGCAAUGCCUCAUUUACUAGCAUUGUUGUAAAACGAGGUAUGCAAGCAAAUAUUCAGAUAACAGAGGAUUAACCCUGGAAGUGCUGAAUCUUUAAAACAUUAAUAUUUUUUGAGGGAAAUCUUUCUAAAAUGUACUACACACUUCCCUGCCUUAGUAAACAGAGAAUACUGGAGAGUAUUUAAGCUUUUCUCGAUGAGUCAUGGUCAUCACUGUAAACAUCGGCCCCUUUUGUACCUUGAUGUGGUGCAGUGCUGUCAUCAGAAGUUAACAGAAUGUGUGGGGCUUGGCUUUGCCUUUCACAGACUAUUGUGCUCUUCUCAUUGAUGGCUUUUACUGCUGUCUGCUCCACCAGUGAAGCCACCUGGGGCAAUUGGGGUACUUGGGACCUUUGAACACCCAUACUACAUGACCCCUGGCUGUACUUUUAAAACAGCUUUUUCAGUCUUGUGCACACAAUGAUGCAAAAUGUGGUCCUGUACAAUAUGGGGGAGCCACCUGUGUCUGGGCUUGUCACCUCUUGCCAACCCAGCGCCCUCCCUCCCCUCUCCUAACCUGCUUCCUGAGUCUUCUGCUCUUCACCUCCUGCUCUCUAAUGUAAACUUCUUGGGCAAAAUAGAAGUUUUCCUGCAGAAGCCAGGAACCCCAGGGUUACAGGGCGUCAGGUUGGCUUUGCUUCUGAGGAGGGAUGCAUGGGCUUUUUGGCCGCUGUGUUUAGGAGGCUCCCGGCCUCCUGCUUCUUCCCCACAUUCCCCGAGGUCCACAGAUGUUUCAGAAGGUUAAUGUCACUGGAAGUCUGAUCACAAACUAGUUGGCUAAUACUGUAUAUGAAAACCCAGUACCUUUGGCAGCUCAACUCUAACCAGUAAAAUCAAGAGGAUUCCAUUGUUUUGGCAGUUGUCCUGGUUAUUUGCCUACGUUAAUGUAUAAUGGGUGCUCGGCAUCUUGAGCUGAGCAGAUGACGGUGGGUCGGGUGGAUUCACUGGGGUAAA